AUGAAAUAUAGAAGCCCUCUACUAUUGGCAAGUUCAUUGCUUGUUUUGCAAAUUAACCUUUGUUACUCUAUUGACGCAGAUCAUGCUGGUGCCAACAAGCAGCAUCAUGCUGAUCAUGCCUCACGAAGUCUUCGAGCACUGAACCGAGUGGACCAAGUGGACAAGACCGGUGCCAUGUGCGAAGCCAAACUUCCGGAAGACGUUGGUGCACCAACAGGUGUGACACACAUUACAUUUUACUAUUCCGUGGAGAGCAGCGAAACAGUAACCUAUGCGUUGAUGCAAAAUCUCGAUCGAAUGCUGUAUUAUGCCAUUGGCGAUGCAGUCCUAUGGUGCUCCCAGAAUGCAAAUGCAGAUGACAAUGGACGAAGGCUACAAGUUCACGACUCCAAUCCAAAAAUUGCCCAGUUCACAGAAAGUCACAGAAACCUAUCUCUAGAGGAUGCUAGACGGCUUGGAAUCAUUUCGUUCAACAGCGCUCCCAGCGAUUUUAUUUUAAAGGACGAGCAAUGUGCACACACUACCGAUAGUUCCGAAUGUGUGAUUGUUGAAGGGAAAAUGGCCUUGAUGGCCCAUCAAACGGAUAGCUUGCAAAUUAUCGUUGCAUCCAUUCUGGAUGCCAUUCAAGAAGCCAUGGACGGUGAUGUCUUGAUUCCUGACGGCGGAGAUGAUUGCGCUGAUCCAAUGUGCGGUGUGGAUAAAAUCCGAUGGCUAGGAACCACUAUUGAAGAGGCUCGAGCUGGAGGACCAAUUGGAACAGCUGGCGCGGAUGGUGGCGAGAGGUCGGUGAACCAAACAGCCGGUGCAGAAGACGAGGACGAUAACGUUGCCUUUGUCGCGUACGCUGCUAUUCCGAUCGCACUGUUGUUGCUCAUGUCGUACUUGAUCAAGAAGAAGAGACGCCUUCUCACUGCUGGUGAUCUGGAUGAUGAAAAUUAUGUCCGUGUUGGAACCGGUGAUCCACCAAAGAGUUUCCACGAAGGAAUGUAUCACUACACUCGCUCUGGCGCUAGAUAUUUGUCUACCAACUGUCCAGAUUGUGAAAUGACUCGGCGAUUAGGAUUUACUAACUACGAUGAGGACGACCUCGGAGCUCUUGCCGAAGGACGCAUGUACGACCCUAGCCGAGCAUCCUCCGAGGAUGACUCGGACCUACAGAGCUACGAUGGCUCCACCUUCCGCAAGAUGCAUCGGGUUCAACCCAGCAGCAACAGGCUAUCGCUAAAGCACUCCUCGAUCGAUGUCCAUCAAUGUACGAGUGCAACUUGCCCAAUCUGCAAAUACAGGCCAGCAGAUCCGACAUUCAUCUCCUCACCAAGAUGCCAGCCCAUCGGUGGACCAAGUCAUGUAUAA